AUGACAUCACAGAUUGGUCAAGUCGAUGCAAGAUACCUCUCACCUGAAACACCAAAACCAUAUGAUACAAAUCAACCAUUAAUAGUUAGAUCGAAUAAGAUUACAUCAUACUUGAAAUCAUACCCAUUCACCAAGUUACCUUAUCCUCAACCGAAUCAAAAGACGACAGAGGGAUCAUUCAUGUUCAAGUUCAGUGGCAACAGACUUUUUCAAUCAGUCUAUCCACUAAACGCUAUGGUGAGCACAAACUGCACGGAACUAAACGACCAGAAAAUGGUAAAGCUUCCAGCAAGUGAUGUUAAUACAUUCAUUGAGCUGAUCGAGGAAAACUAUCGUGUUCACUUCUAUGUAGAUGGACUGCCGACUGGCGAGGAGUUUACAACCGAUGACGGAAACAACACAUACAUACUUCUAGGAUCACCUGUUGGAUUCUCAAAGGUGAUCGAUGGACAAAAACGAUAUUUCCUUUAUAAUCACCUGAACUUCAACAUUGAAUACAAGUCAUUGGAUAAGAAUAACAACACUCUACCACCAUACUAUGUGACAAAGGUGACCAUCGAACCAAGGUCAAUCAAUCAAGAACGCUGCGCAGACAAGAUUAACCCACUUGAGCUGGUAAAGGAUGAGGAAAAUAAGAUGCUGUGGACCUACGGCCAGAGCAUUCGCUACUCAAACACACCGUGGGAGGACCGCUGGAACGUGUACUACCCACACUCGGCAGCGAUAGAGUGGUCGUCGACGGCCAUUGCCUUCUUCAUCACGGCGCUAGAGUGUGCGCUGCUCGGAUUGAUCAUGUACCGCAUCUUCAAGAAUGACUCGAUUGGCUUUGUCCGUCUGGGCGAGUCUGGCUGGAAGUCGAUCUACGCCGAUGUCUUCCGUUCACCCAACAACUUCAUGACCUUCAGUGUCAUCAUUGGUGUUGGCAUGCAGAUUGCCGUGGCAUCAUUCGUUCUCAUGGUCUUUGACGUGGCUGGACUCCUAAGUAUCGCCAAUCCAGGUUCAUUCGAGUUGGCCACAGUCCUUAUCUUUGCCUUUUGCGGUCUCUUCAGUGGAUACGCAUCAAUGAGGACAUAUAUUAUGCUUGGUGGUUCAAGAAAGAGACAUAAUGCCAUCUUGAAUGCAUACUUGGUCCCAUUCGUUAUUAUGAUUCUAUUGUUUAUAUCAAGGAUUCAAUUGUGGAGCAAUGAUUACCUGUAUCAACCAUCUGCAAGUGAGGUUAUCUUUGUAUUGUCCAUGUGGCUAUUCCUAUCAUGCCCUCUUUCACUUCUCAGUUCAUACUUUGUAAACUCAUGGCCACCAGCAGAAUACCCUUUUAGACCAAAUCACAUUCCAAGAAUGAUACCAAAGGCCAAGUGGUACGCCAAUCAUUACUUCCACUCUCUUGUAUUUGGAUUCUUGCCAUUCGCAGUGAUAUACGCUCAGAUCAACUUCAUCGUUGGUCCAAUGUUUUAUGGCUUCCACGUCAACAACUCCUAUGACCUCUGUAUAGCAUUCAUCCUGCUGGUCAUCAAUGUACUGGUACUCAACAUGUUGAUCUCAUACUAUCAACUCUCAAGAGAGGACUAUAAUUGGUGGUGGAGAUCAAUCAUUGGACCAUCAUGCACAUCGAUUUAUAUAUUCAUCUUUUUGCUCAUUUAUGGAAUGCCAUUGGCUACAAGUGGAACUAGGUUCUACUAUUUCAUGUUCUGUCUGAUGGUAUCAGUAAUGUCUGCAUUCUUCUUCUCCUCGAUUGGAUUCCUUGGCAACCUCUGGUUCAUCAAGAGGAUAUACUCAACACUACACUUUGAUUGA